CACCAUCACACUGAUAAUCAAUUCCCAUCAUCACCUUAUGCCCCCCACAUAUACCUCCAAAAUCCAUAUCCAAAUCGGCCAACAUCCACCCAACAUGGUCUCAUGGCAUAUAUACCAAGAUUACUGAACAUUGUAGACCUCAGGGCCAGAACCAGUACCUGGUACUCGUACUCGACUCGAAGCUUUAAACGCCAACGUCCACGAAUCAAGCCCGGCCAGGUCGUGAUGAAAUUCGGCGAGCAGCUGCGCUCCAGCGCAAUCAAGGAGUAUCAAUGGUACUACAUUGCAUACGAUGAGCUGAAAGAGGCCUUGAAGAAGGAUUUCGUCACCAAGCCUACCAAAGAAAACCCGAAGCCCAAAAGGCAGGAAUGGACCGAGGAGGACGAAAGCGCAUUUAUUUCCCGAAUCGAGUUGGAGUUGGACAAGGUUUAUUCGAAGCAGAAGCUCAAGGUCAUUGAAAUUUCCCGCCGGAUACAGAGUACCGAGCGGGAAGUCAAUGAUAUUGUGUCGCGGUUGGACAGUCGAGGCCCGGUAGGACGAGAUGGCACGACCGGUCACGAUGACGAUGCUCCCACGGAAGAAGAAUUUAUGAUGCUGGAGGAGGAUUUGAACGAAAUCACGGCAGAUGUAAACGACCUGGCCAAGUUUGUGCAAUUGAACUAUACCGGAUUCCAGAAGAUUAUCAAGAAGCAUGAUGUGAGUAGGGUCCGCCAGGCCGAGAUGGUUGUACUGAUAUUGGUAGAAACAAACACGCUGGAUCCUGAAGCCAGUCUUUGCAACAAGACUAAAGGCCAAGCCAUUCUUCAAGGACAACUACGAUGCGGAUAUUGUCAAGUUGUCGAAGUUGUGGGAUAUCGUGCGAACCAGAGGAAAUCCAGUGAAGGGUGAUAGUUCUGCUGGUGGAAGCCAAGGAAGUUUCAUUCGACAGACCACCAAAUACUGGAUCCACCCGGAUAAUGUCACGGAAGUGAAACUUAUCAUCAUGAAGGUAAAUUGUGCAGAUUUCGAGGAGCAACAACAAUGUGCUAACAUAUUCCAGCAUCUGCCUGUCCUUGUCUUCAAUACUGCCAAAGAAUUCGAUGCAAAGGAUUCCGCCAUUACCUCCAUCUACUAUGACAAUCCUGAGAAAUUUGAUUUAUACGAGGGGCGGCUGAAAAAGACAGAAGGCGCGGAAGCCAUUCGCCUGAGAUGGUAUGGUGGCAUGGACACCGAGACAAUCUUUGUGGAAAGAAAGACACAUCGGGAAGAUUGGACUGGUGAGAAAUCCGUCAAGGCAAGAUUUGCCAUGAAAGAGAAGAACGUGAAUGCAUACAUGAAGGGGGAUUUACUUCCAGAGGCGAUCUUCGAAAAGGCUCGAAAGGACAAUAAGAAACCUGCCAAGGUUAUCGACGAAGACGAGAGACUUGCCAAGGAAGUUCAAUACUCGGUAAUCAAGAAAGGAUAUAAGCCUUUGUGCCGAUCGUUCUACAACCGAACUGCUUUUCAACUCCCGGCAGAUGCUCGCGUUCGUAUUUCAUUGGAUUCAGAGCUUACUAUGGUCCGUGAAGACAACCUUGAUGGGCGGGACAGAGCUGGUAAGAAUUGGAGACGAAUGGAUAUUGGUAUCGAUUACCCAUUCUCCCAAUUGCCACCAGAAGACGUGGAACGAUUCCCGUACGCGAUUCUCGAAGUUAAGCUUCAAACACAAGCCGGUCAAGAACCACCUUCUUGGGUUCGCGAACUUAUUGCAAGUCAUUUGGUAGAAGCUGUGCCAAAAUUCUCAAAGUUCAUCCAUGGAACGGCAACUCUUUUCCCUACUCGGAUUCAUCUACUGCCAUUCUGGAUGCCUCAAAUGGAUGUUGAUAUCCGAAAACCUGCUACUCAGAACUUUGGUAUUCAACGUUCCGGCCACUCGAACCAAAGUACUACCAGCGAUGAUGAUGAUGACGACUCGGACGAUGAAGAUGGGGAAUUGAUACGAGCAAAACCAUCUACUGGCAACAGUUCCGAUGCGAAUGUGAAUCAGCUACGACAACAGCUACGAGAGAAUCGAGACAACUUAGAAAAUCGAGAUACAGCUGGGCGAGCUACUGGAAAUGCUCUGGAUAUCGAGGAACAACUAAGUUCUCUGCCACUUGAUGAAGCAUAUCCUCUUUACGACUCCGACCUCGAAGAUGAUGAGGCGGAUGCUAUGGAGGAAGCCCGUCAAAUUGGUGGAUGGCCAUAUUAUUCCAAGGUUCUGAAGAAAAAUGCCAAAUUAGCAGGACAAAAUCUGGUUACUGCUGCUCUGACAGUUAUACCAACUCCGAAGCCAACACCUAUUCCUGGUAAUGGUGUUGCUAAUGGCUUGGGAGCUGGUCCAAUCGAGAGUAAAAGAUUCAAGGCUCCUAAAGGCAAGAAAAUACACGUUCCAGUUCGUGUUGAACCUAAGGUAUAUUUCGCCGCCGAAAGAACAUUUUUAUCCUGGGUAUGUCUUUCCCUUCUUCACUUAUGUCAUCAUUGCUAACUAUUCACAGCUCGAAUUCUCUAUUUACAUCAGCACAAUUGCCACAACACUCCUUAAUUUUGGUCCUAAAACAUCAAAACUGUCGUUCCUCGCCGCGGGGUCUUUCUCUGCUGUUGCAGUACUUGCGCUUUCUUACUCGGUCAUCACGUAUCUGUACAGAAGCCAAGCAAUCAGAACGAGAAAGGCGAUUAAAUAUCACGAUCAGUUUGGACCUACAGCACUAUGUGUAUGUUUGUUCGUAGCUGUAGCUUUGAAUAUGGGCUUUGAGUUGAAGGAGAGGGAGUAUAUCUGAACAUGAAAUCCCGGAAAACGGUGUCGCUCAUCGGUUAGCGGUUUGCAUGGAUGAUGGACUGGGUAUGUGUGUAAUAUGAGGAAGACCCAAACGGCAUUGAAGGGUUCGAGACUGGUCUGGGCAUGAGUGGCGUUGAUGCAUAUUUGGGGAGGUAAGGUUGUAAGAUAGAUUGGUGGGUAAUUGUACGUAUCUAUGCCUUUGUAUGAAUUCGAAUAGCACAUUUCAUUUGUCAGUAAACU